GGAUGUGGGGCGCGGCGGCCGAGGCCUGUUUCCGCCACUACGAGGCGCGGCUGCCCAAGCGGGGCAAGCCCGACCCCGCCCGCGGGCAGUGGACCCUCCUGGCCGCCGUCCUCAAGCUGCACGACGCCCCGCCGGGGGCAGCAGAAGGAGGAGGCGAGGCGGCGGCUAUGGAGGUUGUUGCCAUGGGAACUGGGACAAAAUGCAUAGGACACUCCCAGAUGAGGAAGACUGGGGACGUUCUCAACGACAGCCAUGCCGAAGUGGUGGCGAAGAGGAGCUUCCAGAGGUACCUCCUUCACCAGCUGUGGCUAGCAGCCAUGCAACAAGAAACCAGCAUCUUUAGCCCAGGAACUAAGCAAGGGAUGUGGAUUCUCAGACCACACAUCACCUUUGUUUUUUUCUCUAGUCACACCCCUUGUGGGGAUGCCUCCAUAAUCCCAGUGACAGAAGAGGAGGCCCAGCCAUGCCAGCCCCUGAGCCCAGUGCUGGCUCCCAGGGACAGCACGAACUCUGGAGGGCAGUGGAAUGAAAAGGAGGCUGAAGAGACUGCAGUUGGCCCUUACCCCAAGAGAAUAAAAGUGGAUGCCCUGCAUUCAGCACAGGGGUUUGCCCGUCCACCUGCCCUGGGUGCUGCUGAGUGCCCUGCAGCUGUCUGCAGCCCUGCCCAAGCAACGGAUGUCCACAGGACUGGGGCAAAGUGUGUCCCAGGAGACGCAGGUGACUCCCAGCAGCCUGGCAGCGGGUACCACACGACGGGGCUCCUGCGGGUCAAGCCAGGCCGUGGGCCCAGAACUGCCUCCAUGUCUUGCAGUGACAAGCUGGCUCGCUGGAAUGUGCUGGGCUGGCAGGGCGCCCUCCUGAUGCAUUUCCUCCAGCAACCCAUCUACAUGUCAGCUGUGGUGGUGGGUGGCAAAUGUCCUUACAGCCAGGAGGCCAUGGAGAGGGCCAUUGUGGCACGGUGUCGGCACAUUUUUCAUUUACCAGAUGGCUUCCAGGUUUACCCGGUGAAAAUCCUGCAGUCUUGUUUGCGCUUCAACCACAGCCGGCAAGCAGUUGAGGACAACCAUCUUCAGAGCCAAGGCAAGGUGGUUCCAUGUGGGGCAGCCAUCAGCUGGAGCAAGAUUCCUGAAGACCCACUGGACGUCACUUCCAACGGCUUCAAGCAGGGGACCACCAAAAAAGCGGUUGGCAGCCUGAAGUGUAGGUCUCGGAUCUGCAAGGUAGAGCUAUUCCAUGAAUUCCUGAAGAUAGUGGCCCAAAUUCCACAGGAGAAUUUGCCAGGAACUCUCAGAUCUAAGAGACUGCAGACCUACUGGGAGUACAAGGAAGCUGCCACCGGUUACCAAGAGGCUUGGCAAGAGCUGUGGAGCCAGGCCUUCUCUUCCUGGGUGAGGAAUAGCCGGGGUUACCUGAACUUCACCUAGCAGGAAGGAGCCAUGCUGGCGAGAGAACGGAUUCCCUCUGCUGCCUUGCUGCUGACAGGACUGCCUUUUCCACUUGCACCCGUCUGGAUUGUGUUCCUAUAAAUGAGGUAAAUAAAGUUCCACACAUGCUGCAGGGCUCUCGAUAAAGAGGUUGGCUCCUCAGCUCAGAGAAUCA